GACAGAGGGAGAGGGAGAGAGAGAGAGAGAGAGAGAGAGAGAGAGGCUUCAGAGUUGCUCGUGCCGCGGAUCAGAGAGGAGAGCCGAGCAUCAUCAGAACCACCAGCGGCUUGUUUUCAGGCCCGGCUGCAGCAUCUGCAUCAUGACAAAAGAGGAGAACCUGGAGGUGCAGGAGAAGGAAAGGCAUGACCACGAGGAGCAGGAGGAGGGGAGGGUCCAGAGAGAGGAGGAGGAGGUGCUGACAGAGGAGGAGGAAGAUGAGGAAGAAGAUGAGGAAUAUGAGCUAGAGGAGGAGAGGGAAGGGGAGGAGAGAGCUGCCGUUGAGGAGGAGGAGGAUGAGCACGAGGAGGAGCGGGAGGAGAGAGAGCAGCGAGAUGAAGAGGAGGAUCCUCCUGUAGAACCAGAACCAGAACCGCUUUCCGUGUCCGAGUACCAGAGUCCGGUGCACGAGCCGCGGCGCCGAGCCAUGGUCCACCCCUCCGCCCAGGCACCGCUGCCCAAAGACUACGCUUUCACCUUCUUUGACCCGAACGACCCGGCCUGUCUGGAGAUCCUCAUGGAUCCUCAGACCACCAUCCCCGAGCUGUUUGCCAUCGUCCGUCAGUGGGUUCCCCAGGUGCAACACAAGAUUGACGUCAUUGGCAACGAGAUCCUGAAGCGUGGUUGCCAUGUCAACGACCGGGAUGGUUUGACUGACAUGACGCUGCUUCACUACAGCUGCAAGGCCGGCGCGCAUGGAGUUGGUGACCCGUCGGCAGCGUUGCGUCUUACCAGUCAGCUGAUCUCUCUGGGUGCUGACGUGAGUCUGCGGAGCCGCUGGACCAACAUGAACGCUCUGCACUACGCCGCCUACUUCGACGUCCCAGAACUGAUACGAGUCCUGCUCAAAGCGGCUAAACCCAGAGUGCUGAACUCCACAUGCAGUGACUUCCAUUAUGGAACAGCUCUCCACAUCGCUGCCUCCAACCUCUGUUUGGGUGCAGUCAAAUGUCUGCUGGAGCACGGAGCCAAUCCCACCGUCCGGAACGAUAAAGGCCACGUUCCCGCAGAGGUGGUACCUGAUCCCAUGGACAUGAGCCUGGACAAGGCAGAGGCAGCCAUGGUGGCCAAAGAGCUGAAGCAGCUGUUGCUGGAUGCCGUACCUCUGAGCUGUAACCUUCCCAGAGCCACGCUGCCCAACUACGACAACAUCCCAGGAAACCUGAUGCUGUCCUCUCUGGGGCUGAAGCUGGGAGACCGCGUGGUGCUGGAUGACAUGAAGAUGUCUAACCAAAGCAAAGACGACAGCCCGGCUGAAAACCUCAGACAGACUGGAACUCUGAGGUUUUGUGGCACUACAGAGUUCGCCAGCGGUCAGUGGGUCGGUGUGGAACUGGACGAGCCGGAGGGGAAGAACGAUGGUAGCGUGGGCGGCGUUCGCUACUUCAUCUGCCCUCCUAAACUAGGCAUUUUCGCUCCCGUUUCAAAGAUUUCCAAAGCUGUGGAUCAGACGCCGUCGUCUGUCACCUCCACCCCCAGAACUCCCCGCAUGGACCUGGCCUCCCGCCUCGCUGGGAAGACCAAGAAGGAGAAAGAAAAGAAGGAGAAAGAAAGGGAAAAAGCUCAGAGGAAGAAAGCAUCGGUGGCCAGUCUGGAUCCAGAGGGAACCAACGUGGAGGUCGGAGAUCAGGUUCUGGUGGCAGGUCAGAAACACGGCAUCGUCCGCUUCUACGGAAAGACGGACUUCGCUCCAGGUUUCUGGUUCGGUAUCGAGUUGGAUCAGCCCACAGGGAAACACGACGGCUCCGUGUUUGGGGUCCGCUACUUCAGCUGCCUGCCCAAAUAUGGAGUGUUUGCUCCGCCUUCCCGUGUCCAGAGAAUCGAAGGCCCUAAAGACGGCUCACAGAACGACACCUCCAUGGUGAAGAAAGUCCACCAGGUCACAAUGUCACAGCCCAAGCGGAACUUCAACACAAUGCGAUCUCCUAAAGACCUGACUUCUGAGAGCUCCAUAUCCAGGUUGCUGUUCUGCUGCUGGUUUCCGUGGAUGCUUCGUGCUGAGAUGCAGUCCUAACUAUGUACUUCUUUCCGCCCUGUAUUCCUCCACCGGACCAAUCUUUCUGCUCUACUUUCUCUUCGUUCCUCAAUUUCCUCUCCCUCAGAGUUUUUGCCAUCAUCAGUCCAACUUCUUGUGGUGAAAUCUCGUCCUUUUUCUCUCACUCGGCCCAAAUCGUCCUUAUUUAGCCGUUCUAUAGCAAAAUCUAUAGUGCCUUGUAUCUGAUUAAAUGUCAUGCAUUCCUUCGAUUAACUGAGAAUCCAACCCUGCUAAUGCAAAUUCCCUGAAUUCAGUCUUUACUUCCCGAUACAAAUCAAAAUCAUCAUCACAUUGUUCCAGCCUGGUCUUUGUCCUUGUUGUACCUUAUUUUGGGGCUGUUCAGUCUGUCUGUGCUGCUACAUGUUUUCUUUUGCUGCUGUCACUAACUUUUGCAACAGAAGCUUGGAACUGUUUCUUCAUGUUUUGCAGUUUGAAAACAUUUCAAACUCGUGAAAUUCUGAAAUAUUCGCUGCAUAAGCACCAGAUCACUAGCGACAAUGCAUGCAGAUCAAAUGGCAACAAGGCUGUGCAAAGUCUCAAAGCUUUUGGGAGUUUGUGCAGAAAAUGUUUCAGGUUUUUGGAGUUGUUGGUUUGUAGUGUUGAAUCCAGAUCUUCACAUGCUGUGAUUUAUAACACAGUGGGAGCAUGGUUUCUCAUUAGCAAUGAUCUGAACUGCACUUUCAUCACCUGCAUGCUUUAAGCUCUGAAACUGGAACAGGGUUAACCCUUAAAACUGUUCCACCUGUUUUUUUUGUUUGUUUGUUUGUUUUUUAUACAAAAACACAUAUUUACA